ACCUACUAGUUAUAUAUCAUAUGUGAUGCAUAUAUGUAAACGACAGCCUAAUGAAAAAUGGAACAAUCGCAGGAAAAAGACUCGGAUUCAAAACAAAUGAGGAAAUUUGCUUGUAUUUGCAGUGUCAUUGCUGUCCUGUUCUCUUUGAUAACGGUUGCAGCAGGAAUUUAUUCAAUGGAAUCAUGGCCUUUAAAUAUCAACUUAAUCCUGUGCGCAGUUAUCUUGCUAUUGGUGCAUUUCAAUUCAUGUAUAAGAAAGAAUAGUAAUGACUACAUUAUCGUCUUUAUCUUGGUGGGUGUUAUGCUGUUUCAAGGAAUUGCAGUUUGGGUUUUCAGGUUCAGCUUGCCUCUUCGAACUACUUCUGCGUCAACACCUUUCCCAACCAUUUCAACUACCCCAAACAACGGAACAACUCCUUUAAUGAAUGGAACUACUACUGUUUACUUUGGUUAUUGAUUAAAUUGCAGAAAGAUCAAACUUAAUAAUAUGUUUGUCUCAAAUGUAACAAAACAGUUAUAAUCGUUUCGUUAACAGUGUUUGCAACCUCUUUACGUUGUGUUUCAGGUGAAUUAGUGUUUCGUAAUGGUUACUUUUUAACCGUACUGAUUUGUUUUCGACUUUCGGUACAUUGAUACAGGAAUCAUUUUAAACGACAUUUACAGUAUUCGGAAUUUAAAGAAUAACAUCUUCAAAUUGAUUCUUUAUGUAACGGUUUGCUUUUGGACACGUACAUAACAUUUCUAUAGCAACGUCUUUAUUGUCAAGUGUAAUUUCUAAAAAAAAAGAAGAUAAAAUGUAGAUUUGAAGACGAACUCAUAAAUAGCUCAAUUUUGUACAUAGCUGCAUGGGAUAUAUGCAUUAGAAGUGUCUCACAGUUUCUUGUCAGGAAGUUAAUACUAAUAGUCUGAUAAGAAUAAAUAUGAUAGGAUAUUUCCAUUCUUCAAAUUAAAUGAUUUUGCAAUAAUGAAAAAUAAACAUAGCAAAACAUA